CCCCUCGUCUCUUCCAGUAGUUCUCCACCCACCAGCCAACAGAGAGGACGCCACAGCCGACGCGGGGUUCUCAUUUAAACAUAUGGCAACAACAGCCCUCUCUCUUUCUUUCAUCGUUGGGCCCACUACUCUUUAAAAAUUCCGCCGAAAAAGAGAAGACGAUUUUCCAAAACCUGCUGGCCGUUAUCUCACGGCUCCCCUUUCUCAGCACAGGUGUAUGAGCGCUACCCAGAGGGCCUAGGGGCGGCCCUUUACAGGGAGCACUUUGACUUCAACGCUGAGCCACCUUGGGAUCCUAGCUGAUAGCGGGACAGGUCCAUCUCCUGACUUGUCCAUUUUGUUGCAUACCGGCAGGACCCCAUUGGCUCAGUCGUGACCCCUUGACUUGUUUAUCUGUUCUUUAUGAUCAUCGGCUUACUGGAAUACGGUUAAAAUGAAAGGACUCCCUGACAAACCCAACUACAUCAUUGAACUCCUGGAGGGAGGAGUUACCCUGGAAGAUGUCAUUGAUGGGCACAUUUGUGAACAGGCUCAGGUGGAGAAGAGCGCGUUUGUGGCGGGUGACCUCGGUGCACUGAUGCGUCAGCACAUUUGCUGGCAGAGCGUGGUGCCACAGCUGCAGCCCUACUACCCAGUCAGGUGCAACAGCAGCCCUGCAGUCAUCGAGGUCCUGGCCUCCUUGGGCUUGGGAUUUGUUUGUGCCAACAAGGCGGAGGUGACCCUGGCUCUGGAGCAUGGUGUGCCACCAGACAGCAUCAUUCUGUCUGGUGUUUUCAAACAGCUGGCACAUAUCAAGCAUGCAGCCAAGAACAACAUCCAGCAUCUUGUGUGUGAAAAUGAGUCAGAGCUGACGAAGAUUGCUCGCUUGCACCCUAAUGCAAAGUUGCUGUUGCAGUUAACUACAGAGGCUCAUGCAGCUGAGACCAGCAUGCCCUUCGGCUUUUCUCUGAAGAGCUGCAGACGUCUGCUGGAAACGGCCAAGGAGUUGGGCGUCCAGGUGGUGGGAGCAUCCUUCCACAUCCCGAGCUCCUGCCAAGACCUGCAGCAGGCCUACACUCGAGCCCUGUCAGAUGCCCGCUGUGUAUUUGACAUGGGGGUGGAUCUGGGAUUUAACAUGCAYGUCCUGGACAUUGGUGGUGGAUUUACUGGCUCAGAGUUUCAGCUGAAGCAGGUUGAGUUAGCGGUCAGGCCUCUCCUGGACACUUACUUCCCCCAGAGGUCAGGUGUGCAAGUGCUGGCCCAGCCGGGCGACUUCUACGUGGCCUCAGCUUUUACCCUGGCUGUCAAUGUCAUCGGCAAGAAGAUGGCGUCCUGCCUCUGGGAAGACUUGUCCCAAGGUGAGAAGAACGAGGAUACUGAGUUCCUGUAUUACAUGAAUGAAGGUGUUUAUGGCUCAUUCAACCACAAGCUGCUGGGAAACGCCAUCGCUGCCCCGUCASUGCACAAGCAUGCGCUGUGCGUUGAUGAGGCCGUGUAUCCCAGCAGCCUUUGGGGCCCGUCACUGGACCAGCUGGACCAGGUGGUGGAGCGCUGCCUCCUGCCGGAGCUCAGUGUUGGGGACUGGCUGCUCUUCUCCAACAUGGGGACGUGUGGCCUGGAGGAGUUCAGCUGUCUGUCCAGCUCCAGUCAGCUGCCGGUCUACUACACCAUCUCCACCUCUGACUGGUACGAGAUGCAAGAGGCGGGUGUGGUACUGGAUAGUGCCAUGAAGAACUUCUCCCUGCUCCAGUACAGUGCGUAACUCUCCUCGGCCCCCCUCCGUCCUGUUUCAUAUUGCACAGAUCUUUCUCACCUCUGCUUUCACCGUGUGAGAAGAGAGGUCAGCAUGGUGUUUGGGAUGUAUGAGGCUAAAUGUGGUGAACAUUCCAGCCACCUUGGAAAAUACAUGUUUUUUUUUCCUUCCAGAGUUGAUUAUUAUUAUUAUUAUUAUUAUUUUUACAUUUUUAACACAAACAGUGGUUGUGUGAUGCCUCAUUCAUCUAAAAUUCACCUGGAAAAUAGUUUUGCCAAACUCGGAUGAUGAUAUGCAACAAAAUGGAUGACUCUUUGGAGAUGGGACCCCCAACAAAUGUUUGGGAUGGUUUAUUACUUUAAAUCAAAUUCAGUUUACAAAAUGUGUAAUUUAAUCAGUUAAAUCAAAUGGUCUCUAUCAAUUAUUUGUUGUUUGUUGUGUAAAGUCCAGUCUUUUUUUUUUUUUGUCUGUAUGAGGUUUUGUUUUCAGAACUUUUAAUUCUUUCUGCUUUCCGUCCCUUUUUAUUGCAUAGUUUGAUCUAACCUGUUUUAUUGCAGAACACCUUAAUGUGUUUGUAUUUAUUGGAUUCAGAUAUUACUGUGGCAUAUGUACAACUCCAUCUUUAAAUGUGUUUGCCCAGUUGUUGCACUGUGGCCCAUCAGUGUUUUUUCUGCUAAGAAAUUUUAUUAUUUUUUCUUAAAACUACAAGAUUAGGUGUGCUGUUAUUACCCCUCUGUGACCUCAGUGGUUUCCCUUCAUUCAGUAGCAGAAGUGCUGUUUGAGAUUAGCUCCAUGCUAAUGCAGAGAAGCUGCAUAUUAAAACAUUUCUUGCCUCCAACGGAGGAGGUCAGUCUAGUCUAAAAUGUGCAGAACCUCUUGAUUUAACAUAGYAGCCCUUAGCUUUCAGAUUUUCAUACUUGUGUCUUGCUUGGUAAAGAUCCAUAUUCACAAAGGAUCUUCACAGCUAGCUAAGGUUCAAACAAAUGAAAUAUCAAGUCAACAUUGCUUUCUUCAUGCCUCUCCAGAGAUCUGAGGGGUGUAAAGCACAGUGUCUUGUACAGCUUUGUGUUUGAUCAUGAGUUAACAUGACUUAAACAGCAGAUUUCAAAGAAUCCUGCCCUUGUGUUUUACAAGUGACUAAUGUAUUAUUUACUUGUCUAGGGCACUAAUGGACCAUAGCCUGUUUUUGACUGUAAAUUGUGCUUGUUAAAGUAAUGAAAGUGAAUAAUUUAAUACAUUUCUGACUGAAAAAAUUA